AUGUUUUCCUCAUCUUCAUCACGACGCUCAUCGAUAUCACCCCUCCCCUUACUACUCACACUCCUGGCCACUGCACUGUAUGUGACCGGUCUGCCGUAUAAUGAAACGCUGGAUCCAUGGAAUUUGAAUAAGAACCAAGAUGCCGGUGACGAUGUACUGCAGUAUACAACCACUCGAUCGAACAAAACAUACACACCUUCCCCGGACAAUUGGCGUUCGUUACCAACAUACACGCUGCUUCUUGAUAAAUGGAUCGAUGGUGCACCUGACAACAAUGAUUUCUAUGGCCUCAAGUACGAGUAUGAUAUCAAAGAAACUCAAUUGAGAGCAGGAGGUGAUGCUCCAGGUUUAAUGGAUGAUCGUGGUCUAGACUAUCUUCAGGCAAUGGGUUAUAAGGCAAUCUAUAUCGCUGGUACCAAUUUCCUAAACAUGCCUUGGCAAGCGGACGGUUAUUCGGCUAUCGAUUUCUCCCUAUUGGACCCUCAUUAUGGUACACUCGAUGAUUGGGUCAAACUCAUCGAUAAGAUGCACGCAAGGGGAAUGUACAUCAUCUUGGAUUUCACGGUCGGUACUAUGGGUGAUUUAGUCGGGUUCGAAGGUUACCUCAACGUGUCGACGCCCUUCUCGCUCGAUGAGCACAAAGCCCAAUGGAAGUUGCCGGAUUACGCUCCAUGGGGCUUCCAAGAGUACCCCGAUUUCAAAUUCACCAAUACCUACAAUGAUUCAUGUACAUACCCCACCUUCUAUGAAGACGAUGGCUCCAUCUAUGAUCCUGGAAAAACUGGUUGUUACGCCAGUGACUUUGAUCAAUACGGAGAUAUCGAAGCUUUCGGUGUGUUCCCUGAUUGGCAACGACAACUUGCAAAGUUCGCUUCCGUACAAGAUCGACUUCGAGAAUGGCGUCCCCAAACCAUGGACAAGAUCAAGGUAUUCAGUUGUUUGACCAUUCAAGCCCUUGAUGUGGACGGUAUUCGUAUCGACAAAGCCACUCAGGUCACCGUAGACGCUCUUGCUUCUUGGUCAAACCACACGAAAGAGUGUGCUGCUGCUGUAGGAAAGAACAAUUUCUUCAUUCCUGGUGAAAUCACUGGUGGUAACUCUUUCGGUGCUGUUUACAUCGGUCGAGGAAGAGCAAACAACUUGCCUCCUACCUUCGACUCCGCCGUGAACAUGACUCAGGACCAAUCACAAUACUUCUUGCGAGACCAGGGUCAGAUCGCUCUCGACUCGGCCGCUUUCCAUUAUUCCAUCUACCGAUCCCUCUGUCGAUUCUUGGGAAUGGACGGUAACUUGCAAGUAGCCUACGAUGUUGAUGUCAAUUUCGUCACCGCCUGGAACACAAUGGUAUUAUCCAACGAGUUCCUCAACUCCCAAACAAACGAAUUCGAUCCUAGACAUAUGUACGGUACAGGAAACCAAGAUGUAUUCCGAUGGCCUGGUCUUACGAAUGGUACAGAGAGACAACAACUGGGGCAGUUUGUCAACAACUUGUUGAUGCCAGGUAUACCUCUCGGUUGGUACGGUGAAGAACAAGCUUUCUACCUGCUCGAUAACUCUGCUUCCAAUUAUCUGUAUGGUCGUCAAUCGAUGGUGUCCAAUCAAGCUUGGAAGCGUCACGGUUGUUACAAGCUCGGUUCCAGUCAGUACUACAACAUGCCUUACGAUAAAGUCUUGACUGGUUGCGAAGACGAUUGGAACUCCCUCGAUCACUUUGACGCCACCGCCGAACCUUUCCGAGGUAUCAGGAACAUGUUCUGGUUACGUUCCGAAUUCCCUUCGCUGCAAGAUGGUUUUGGUCUAGUAACUCGAGGAAAUUGGACCAACUUCAUCCAGCUUCCCGGUUCGAAUCAAACGCAAACUGAGCUCGGUAUGUGGACUGUCACCCGUGCACCUUUGGCGGUUCAAGAAGGGCAUGGCGCCUUUGGCACCAAUGGUACUCUCGACCAAGCAGUUUGGUUGAUCUAUACCAACGAAAAUUACACCAAGACAUACUCAUUCGACUGUAAAGCAGACGGCUGGAUCUCAUCACCUUAUCAAUCCGGUAACACAGUCAGAAACCUGCUUUAUCCGUUUGAGACAUAUAAUCUUGAAGACUCCCUCGAUCCUUUCUAUGCCAACGAUGAGGCUCCUUGGAGAGGUUGUUUACCAGAAAUCACCCUUCAGCCAUUCGAAUACAAGGCUCUCGUGCCGAUCGCUCAAUGGAAACAGCCUCCCCCGUCUUUGACCAAAUUCUCACCCGGUCACGAUUACCGAGCUGCAUCGACCAACGGAGGUAAUCUUGACAUCAGCAUCGAAUUUGACACGGAGAUGAACUGUGACAGUCUGAGGAAUGCUAUGACCCUGACACAAUCCAUUGGAGGAAACACAGCGACCCCCGCUCUGUCCCAAGGUACUUGUGGUACUAUAGCUGAUGCGGACCAAGAAGCUCCCUACCUCGUAUCAGUGGCCCCCGGAUCAUGGCGAUGGACUGGUCAAAUCGAGAACGCUGUGGAUGGUAUCUAUAAAAUCACCGUUGGUAACGUCUCGACUCAAGAUAAUGGUCUCUCCACUGGUUCCACUGCACACUUCCUUAUCCGUGUCGGUAGCACUGAGAACCCUAUGGUUUACCCCGAACAAGCUGAUUACAGUAGCACCCUUUUCUCUGUCUCUGGAGACACCUACUCAUUGAACCACUCUGCUCCCGGUGCAGAUCAAUUCCGAUAUUCCGCUGAUUUCGGACAAACUUGGUCUGCUUGGCAAGAUUACGAAAGUACCAGUACCCUCAAUGCCACCAUGUUCACUAGUAAAGACAUUUGGUGGGAUGGUGAUCACGUCAUUGUGCAAUACUACAGUUCUUUUGCCGGUUCCUCCAAUCACCAAGUGCAUGCCGAUGCUAAUUGGAAGGAGAAUUACCGAAGAUAUUACCCUCAAAUCCUGGCAAGAGGUUCUUUCAAUACUUGGGGUUAUGAUCUCGGUGCUUCUGCUCAUCUCACACUCCAAAGUGAUCACACUUGGCGAAUGCCUAUCAUGGCUGCUUGGCCAUCUUACAUCCAACUCAACAUCUGGUCCUACGAUGAUUACUUCUAUGGUGAUGUCGACGGCGAUGGUGUUAUCGAUCGAUUCCCUCCCAACUCGCAGACUGCCAACUACCUCAACAUGUCCGUCCCUCCUGCACCUCAUCUCGCUUGGAAUCUCUUCGUUAACGACAAGACUGGUGAAUGGAGUACCGAACCUAUCGGGACUGAGACUGUCACAACUGUGGCCUUCGCCCUUCUUCUCAUUAUUCCAGCGAUCACUGCGUUCGGUGCUGCCCUUGCUUUCAGAUACUCUUUCUACUCUAUCAAGGUCAACAAGUGGGGUCUCAAACCGAACAAAGGCGCUAAAGAGACCUCGUACUUCCCUAUCGUCGGUGGACACGGUGAAAAGAAAGGCGAUCUCAACGAGAAAGGCGGUAUCGUGGCUCUCAACGAGAAGAGCUCCAAGGCUCCUCACAAAAUUAUCGGUUGGCCAGAAGAUCAAAACAAACGACGAAAAGUUCUCAUCGCCACUCUGGAAUACGAAAUUAUCGAUUGGAAACUCAAGGUCAAAAUUGGUGGUCUUGGUGUGAUGUCCACUCUUAUGGGUAAAGCCAUGAGUGAUGUCGAUUUGAUCUGGGUUGUACCUAAAGUUCAAGACCUCGAAUAUCCUCAAGGGGAAUACGCUGAACCUAUCGAAGUCAUCAUCUUUGGUGAACCGUACCUGAUCGAAGUUGAAACUCACCAACUUGACAACAUCACCUACGUUAUCCUCGAUUCCCCCGUUUUCAGAGCUCAAACUAAAGCUGAUCCUUACCCUCAACGAAUGGACGACUUGUCUUCCGCUAUCUUCUACUCUACCUGGAACCAAGCUAUUGCCGAGACCAUCCGACGAUACCCCAUUAUCGAUAUCUACCAUAUCAACGAUUAUCACGGUGCUCUGGCUCCUCUCUAUUUGCUUCCUAAGAUCGUUCCUACCUGUCUGUCAUUGCACAACGCCGAAUUCCAAGGUUUAUGGCCUCUCCGAACUAAAGAUGAAAUGAAAGAAGUUUGUGCCGCUUUCAACAUCCCCAAAGAAGUCUGCAGUAAAUACGUCCAAUUCGGUAACACCUUCAACUUGCUUCACGCUGCUGCCAGUUUCAUCUCUCACCAUCAGAAAUCGGUCGGUGUAGCUGGUGUAUCUGAUAAGUAUGGUAAACGAUCCUGGGCUCGAUACCCUGCUCUCUGGACCUUGCGAAACAUCGACUCGUUGCCUAACCCCGAUCCUACCGAUAUUGCUGCUCUCGACGAACAACCUCUCGCCGUAGACAAGAUCCAGAUUGAUACCGAAGCUGAAUCCAAACGUCCCGAACUCAAGAGACAAGCUCAGGAAUGGGCAGGUAUUAAGCAAGAUCCCAACUCUGAUCUAUUCGUGUUCGUCGGUCGAUGGUCCAAACAAAAGGGUGUUGAUCUUAUUGCCGAUGUCAUGCCCAGUUUGCUGGAGAAGAAGCCCAAGAUUCAACUCAUUUGUGUCGGUCCCGUCAUUGAUUUAUAUGGUCGUUUUGCUGCUGAAAAACUUGCUCGACUUAUGGAAAUGUACCCCGAUCGAGUCUUCUCCAAACCCGAAUUCACCUCGCUUCCUCCAUAUCUGUUCAGUGGUGCCGAUUUCGCUCUUAUCCCAUCUCGAGAUGAGCCCUUCGGUUUGGUAGCUGUUGAGUUCGGUCGAAAAGGUGCUUUGGGUGUCGGUUCUCGUCUUGGUGGUCUUGGUCUUAUGCCUGGUUGGUGGUUCCCUGUCGAGUCUAGUGCGACGGCGCACAUGCUUUCUCAAUUGACCAAGACGAUCAAACUCGCUUUGAAGUCCACUGAAGAAGAGCGUGCUAUUCUCAGAGCUCGAUCUGCCGUCCAACGUUUCCCUGUAGUCGAAUGGCGUCAACGGUUGGAAGACUUCCAAAAGCGGAGUAUCUCAACUUCUCGUCAACUUGCUGGUGAACAAGCUUGGGGUUACGAUCUUGUCGACUCGUCCGUCAACGGUUUCUACGCUCAAGGUGAUAAUGGUUCUGUAACUUCACUCGCUAGAGGAGAAUGGGGUAGAUCGGCUACUCCCGAUUCUACCGCUCCCAACUCUCCUAUGCCAGGUCACUCUCCUUUGACCGGUGGCGAUAAUCCCGGUUAUUUCGAUCCCAACACUCCCAUGGCUGGUUCAAACAACGGUUUACUCGGUGCUGGUGGUGCAAACUAUCACAAGAGAUUCGACAAGAAUGCCAACAGACAAUCAGCUGAAUCAUUCUACGAUGAAGAUCCCAACGCUUCUCCAUUGUACUACGAAAAUAAACGAGCGUCUCGAGGUGGCAAACCUAAAUUCUACGGUUACGAUGACGAAGAUGCGCCUUCCUCACAAGGCAGUUCAGAUCACGGUGAUACUACUGUGGUCGGCUCUGCUACGUCUGCUCGGGGUGGUCAAUCUGCUGCUCAAUCUUACGACAAUUUCUUAGCUGCUGCGAACAAACAAUUUGCUCGAAACAACGGUGGCAAAAAUGCUCCUGAUCCAUACUUCGAUAACCGACAGUCCAUGGACGCUGGUACACCUUCACGACCCUUCACAGUCCACUCCCGUGUAUCCUCUUUCGAUUCUAUUUCUUCCAUUGUCGAUGAGAAGGGUUCUUCACCACUCAACAAGGCUAUGGAGACUUUCACUGACUCUGAUGGUGAAGUCGCUCAAAGUUUCGUACAGAAACUAAGAGAUUUAUCUGCGGAUAACUCCAAGGGUGAUUUGUGUAUCGAGAAGUUCCUGAUCAAGAGUGAAAAGGCUUUCUUCGAUGAAAUCAAGAAGGAAAAGAUAUCUGCUAUGUCAUUGCGAUCUUCAAGAGAUUCAUUCAUCCAAUCGAGAGCACCAAGUAUGAUCGACGGAUUCAGACCUGAGUCCCCAUACUCGAACUCUGGACAUGGCCAUGACGAUCACAUGGAUCACUAUGGUGGAAAUGGUGGAGACAUGUAUGAUGAUCCUGGACCUUCCGAUGCUCACAUGACAAGACUUCAAAUCUUCAUGGGUAGACAAAUCGCUGGAUGGCCAUUGUAUUCUAUCAUCAUCUCCCUUGGUCAAUUGCUAUCUGCUACAUCCUUCCAAUUGAGUUUACUUGGUGGAUCCAAUGUGCAGAAAGAAGUCGACUUGUACAUCAUCUGUUCAAUCUUCGUGGUCGCUACUUUGGCUUGGUACACUUUGUUCAGGAUGAAGCCAUCGGUCUGGUGUUUGAGUCUUCCUUGGGCAACCUUCGCUGUUGCCUUCUUCCUCAUCGGUCUUCCAUCCCUCCACGGUGCUCUACUCGGCCCUCGAAUCACUAUUACCCGAGUUGCCACAUGGUUUUACGCUAUCGCAUCUUCAGCAGGUUUCCUCUUCUUCGGUCUUAACUUUGGUGAAGAGGCUGGCGCAGCUACGGAAGUAUGGGUCACUCGAGCUUGUAUCGUUCAAGGUUUACAGCAAAUCUGGGUAUCAGCAUUAUGGUACUGGGGUUACACACUUAACGGUACCGAUCCUACCGAAUACGUCCCUUCUCGAAUCAUCCUUUACAUCACUUGGCCUCUCGCUGUGAUAUCUGCCAUCUUCGCCUACCUUAUGUGGGCGGGUAUGCCAGAAUAUUACAGACAGAUCCCACCUUAUGUGCCCAAUUUCUUCAAGACUCUGUUCCGAAGGAAACUGGUCAUUUGGUUCUUGGUCUCUGAGAUUUUGAGGAAUUACUGGUUAUCUGGACCAUACGGUAGAAACUGGCAAUACCUCUGGAACGCUUCGGAUGUCGCUCGAUGGGCUGUGGUCAUCAUGAUCGUCAUCUUUUUCAUCGGUAUCUGGGGUUUGUUCAUGGGUAUUCUCAUCAAAUACUCCAAAGUCCAUUCAUGGCUCUUACCUGUCUUUGCGAUCGGUCUGGGAUGUCCAAGAUGGUGUCAGAUGUGGUGGGGUACAUCCGGUAUGGGUCUCUAUGUCCCAUGGGGUGGUGUAGCUGGACCAUACAUCGGUACCUGCCUUUGGCUCUGGUUGGGUGUAUUAGAUGCGAUCCAAGGUGUAGGUCUCGGUAUGAUCUUACUUCAGACUUUAUCGAGAUUGCACGUCUGUGCGACACUUGCCGGUGCUCAAUUAUUAGGUUCUUGUGUUGUUAUGCUUGCUAGAGGAACUGCACCUGACAAGGUCGGUCCAGGAAACGUCUUCCCCAAUUUGGCUAUCUGGGACAUCAGCACAGGACAGAAUAACCCAUUCGUACAUUGGGAAUUUUGGUUGUGUCUCGUCUGUCAGAUCGUCAUUGUUAUAGGGUACGCGUUCUUCUUCAGAAGAGAACAGUUGAGUAAACCUUAG